CGACGGGGGAUGAGCCGUGCGCUGAACGGCCAUUCCCAUUGUCUGCUCGCUCGGGGUCACAGUGUCCAGUGCCAGUCCUUGUGUCUGUGUUAUGGCUGUCGGUCCAGGCCGUUGUCUUUCUUUUCACGCACUCGCUGAUGUCACCUCACCGGCGCCAAGGGAGCUUGUUCUUCUCUUUUUUGACGCGACGGACAAAUCCAGCGUCCAGCCAACGUAGCUCAAUCGACACGCAACGACGGCCUCUCCUGAUGCGGAGGUACCUUGGGCUCAGGCCCAUACACCUGGUAUGGACGCCUGUCCGGCAUUAUUCCCGAUCCCCUUCUCUCUCCGCCGCCUCUAGGGAUCAUGCCAUCCACAUCAACAGCGAGAGACUAUGCGAUGAUGUGCUCGAAAGACUCGCUCCCACGUUCCACAACACGGGUCCAAUCGACAUCAUCGACUUGUAUCCCGGCAUCGGGCUCUGGUCGAGGAAGGUCAACGAGCUCCUCAAGCCACGACGCCAUAUCCUACUCGAACCUAACGAGAAAGACUAUCUACCCCAUCUACAACCCCUUCUCGACCGUAGCCCAAACUACAGAUUGCUGCCGUGGGAACCGCUCGACGAAAGGAAGCUGGCCGCCCUAUUCUCCGAGGAAUACCUCCCCGAGCAGCUCAAGCGCGUUUUGGGGCCGCAGGGCCGCAUCCACGUCAACCCGUCCUUGCUGAUCCUUGCAAAUAUGACACGCCAUCGGAACUCCUACUCGAAGAAGAUAUUCACUUUUCUCCGACACCUCGAGUCCUGCUUUGAUCAGACACUUUUCCACCAGCGCGGGCUGGUGCGAAUGAUCUCGUUAUUUUCUGCUGCGGACGCUGAAAAUGUUCUCCCCAGAAAGCUCUUUGGGCGCCGGAGGUUGGCGGUGCUUGCAGAUGCAACGGCGUCAGAAGUCAUACAGCUUGCUGGUGGCACCAAUGAGAGUAACAAUGCCGCACUCAAGGGAGGUGAUAUCUGGGAUCGAUCCGCAAGAGCAACUGCAGCUCGCGCGAAGAAUGCCGGGAUCACUACUCCGCGAGAUCGAAAGCCGAAGCCAAUAGAACUGGCCCCCGAGGCAUUGGCGCUACGUCCCAGUGAUAUACCGCAUUUCAAACGCCCCAGACAAGAUUGGCACAACGGCUUUCUCGAGCUGUACGAAGAGUAUAAACAAAACGCCAAAGAUAAUCCCGGAUCCACAAAGCUCCCGGAUCCCAAGAAGGAGAGCCUUUUCAUGGUACAGCGAAAGCGCCUCCUUCUUGAAAAUAGAGAAUCACAUAUAAUCGCGGACUGCCUUGAGAAGGGGCUCGCCAUCGAUGAUGUCCACGCCCAGCUUCGCUCCAUCAUGCAGAAGGGCAAACCAUAUCCCGUGGGCACUCCGGAACUCGUCUCAAAACUAGAAGCCCUCACGUCCGAGUACGACGCGGUCUUCUCCCAGCUCUCAAUGCUCUCCAAACUUCGCGCCGUCCAGCACAUCCAAGAAGUCCGCGCCUACAACAACAACACCGAUUCCACAGACUGCCACACCCCACUCCUCCUCUGGGACCGACGUGUCGCCGAACCCUUACGCAUCAAGCAGGAAGAGCUCCAACCCCCUAUCCCCUGCGGCAUCAUCGACUUCCACCCCAACCCAUCCUCGCCCAUGCUCCGCACCCUCCAAGAAUACACAUCCGCCAACAAAUCCCGCGAAGACUACCUCGACAUGAUCUCCCUCUUCAAGCAACUGAUCCGCAUCAUCUCACGCGGCAACGCCACCGCCGUCGACCGCUCCCUCCUUCACCCCUUGUUCCCCGGCCGCCCCGUGACAGACCUUGUCGAGGCCAUCCCGUCCCUGCGCAAAUUCGCAAGGGUCACAGCGACAUAUCCGCCAGGCUCCACCAUCAGAUCCGCAAAGGACCUCCAGCUUACGUUUGCCGAGGAUUGUCUGUCUGGAACGUAUUUGCGGGAACUUCCUAUCUCUGUGCUCUGGGAUAUUGCGCUGGAAUGGAAUAGGUGGCCCAUGCGAAUGAUAACUGCGCAGGAGCUGUGGAAGGUGCUGGGAGGCGGUGGUGUGCAGAGAAUAGAGGCGACGUUUGUCUCGCGGAAAAAUUGAAUGAAACUGCAUAUCUUUUGUCUUGUACUUUUUGCAGCGGAUUUACAGGGACGGAGUCGUGCAAGGGUGCUUCGGUGUGUGCUUGCAAUCUUGUUCUGUACAAAUAUACGUGUUCAUUUAACACAUAAACUCGAAAUUUCUUAUUUGGCUAGAAAUGAAGGAGGCGAACUGAAAGUGCGUCUUGGUUUGAUAGACUCUAAAAGCCACUUAAUCUAUUGAUUAUACAAUAGUG